AUGGUUUAUCAUCACCAUGCUAACGGCCCGACGAAAAAUGAUCAAAUGUUUCCUGGACCAGUCAGAUUUUGUUGCUGCUGCUCAAACUAUCGAAGACAUGUCUGCAAGUCGAAGGAGCGAUCCCCUCACAAAGUUUCUGUCUUACAGUCUGGCGAUUCGGGUGAGAGACGAAACAUACAAUCGUUUCUGAAAUCGCUCAGGUCAGCCUGCAGUGACGGUGGUCGGUUCCUGCUUGCUGCCAUUGGAGAGGCAAUGAAUCUGGAUCCUAAAUUCAACAUUGUAUCCCUUCUGAAUCCAUUCCUUGAUGAGGACAAGCACGGCAAAUGCCUUUCUCCGGCCAUCCGUAUGCCCACACUCUUGCGGCUCAUCAUUUGCAUGUUAACUUCAGCCUCUGAGCAAGAAACGGAUAAGAAGAAUGAGAUUUUGGUCAUGAUAUGUGCAACCUUCAGGGCAGCUGCCAUGUCUGCGCACAAUGCCCAGAAUGACCUGACUAUUGAACCAAAGUUCUGUGCUGAAGACUCUAAGUGGUUCGAAAGAGCAGGCUACAAACUUGUCAUGAAGAAGCUGCAGACAUGGCCUUUCAAAUACACAAUCGACCUUUUGCACUGGGUUUGUGAGAUGCGUGGUUUUGGCAACCUCGACCGCGUCACUGAGGCUGAGGGGCUUUCUGUCAGGGCAAAUGCGAUUUGCGUCCAAAUGGUAUGCUAUAUGGCCAUGGCAAAAUUGUACACACCUUCGUGGACUAUUGAAGAUCUUCCUAGAACAUCAAAUGCUCGCAACGCAGCUCUACAAGCCCGGGGGUUGGAGAGAAUACUUUACGGCAACGUGAUCAAUAGAUUCCAUGAUCUCCAAGUCCUGAAUCAACAAGAUAGCAACACUCCAACAGCUAUCGAGGCAUCCUCUUGGAACACCCGUCUUCGAAAGCAUCUUACUACCCUUCUUCCGAUAGCUUUCGAGGCGAGAUUGUUUAUAGCGUCCUGUGACUUUCGGACUGGACUUCCAUUCAACCAGGAGGAACUCAAGCGCAUCCUUAAUAAAGCGGUGGGGCUGCAUUCGCCUCGGAGAACAUAUUCACUACUUGCAGAUAUGAUCUUGUCCUCCAUUCUACUUGAUGUCAGCGCGGACUUGGAGUCGGAGUCGAGCAAGCAGGCUACCAUCCCAACUCCAAUUGCUUUGCACUUAUUGUGGGAAAUCGUUCGAGCAGUCGGCAAGCUUUCAGAGUGUGAUGUGAAGCAAAUUGCACGAUGGAUUCGAUGUUUCGUGCAAGUUGGGCUCGACUGUGUCAUAAAAGAAUCGAGCAGCGUUCAUCUUUCAUGCACAGGUCGCCAAACUCUAGACAUGGUGGAUAAGAUCGGGCAACAGGUACUCUUGCUCGCAGAAUCAGGGGUCGAAGAAAUGACUAGGAGCUCGCUACAGAUUUCGAGUUCUUUAUACCCUGGUGAGGAGCUUGAAUGGCUGUCGAUCACAUUUUUCAACUUAUCGGUCGACUUGCUGGUGCUUGAAUCUACCAAGUCUUCACGCGCAGUUCAAGCUCAAGGCAGCGUCGCAUCCUCGGACCGUCAAAUAGCAUUUCCAGUCGAAAGAGCCUCGGACUCCCAUCGAGGCGACAGCCCAGCCGGAGGUUACCCCAGAUCAAGGAUCGUCGCCGAAACUAGUGCUGCUGAGGCGACCCCAGCUCAACCGGAACCCAUCACUGCUGCAGGGGAAGGAGAUGCUCGUAAUAACGAAGGACUCUGCGAGGAUUCGGUUACUUCGCCAUGGUAUUGGGCACGUUCAGCGAUUGAGUUAGCAGACUUGUUGAACUGGAAAGUGGAUAAAAGACGUGCAUGCUUUCAAUCACACGCGAUGCGAGAUGAUGCUGAAUCUUUCAAUGACGAGGUGGAUUGCCGAGACGACUAUACGUAUGAGGGAGCUGGAUACGGAGAUGGUGGGACUCUAGCAGAGACUCUGAGGGCGCGGUGUCAGGAAUUAGGUUGGGAACUUUGA